AUGACUAUCCAGCUUCUGAUAUGUAUCUCUUUCCUGCGCGACAUUGACACAUCAUCUCCUCCAGGUCAUCGUAAGAUCUUGCGAGACAACAUCCAAGGUAUCACAAAACCCGCCAUUCGUCGACUUGCCCGUCAAGGAGGCGUCAAACGUAUCUCUGGCUUGAUUUACAAAGAAACUCGGGGAGUUCUCAAGAUCUUCCUCGAGAACGUAAUUCAAGAUUUGGUCACCUACACCGAGCAUGCCAAGCGCAAGACCGUCACCUCCUUGGAUGUCCUCUACGCCCUCAAGCGCCAAGGGCGUACCCUCUAUGGCUUCGGAGCUUGA